AUGAGCGCUUGCUGGGCCGGCAUUAGUGUCACCAUCCAAGCGGUCAUCAUCAGGGAGCAUCCAGGAAGAAUGGAGCGUGAGGUUGAGCCGCCAGCAUUGGAAAUGUCCCUUCUGCACUCCUCAUCUCCCAUGGCUUCGUCUCUCGGACCGCACAACAACAAGGCCCAGCCCCUUACGAAUCGAUGCCGACUUUGGCUUCGCUUGCCCUCAGGCCACUCCAGCUAG